AUGCCCGUCGCAACUGAAUUACAGAAGCCCGGUCCGGGGAAAGAGCAGGUCAUACACAAUGUUCCAAAGGCCAUCAAAGAACUCGGCUUUGGAGUUCUAUCCGACCAGGACAUUCUCAACCAGUCCCAAGUCGAGCUAGUCGACCGCCGCAUGUUCGAAGUCCCUCCACAGACUGGACGGCGCACUCUUUGCGAAUAUGGCCCUCUAGACAGGCGCAUGGGCGUCUCUGGCAAGAGAGACUCGUGCGCUACUUGUGGAGAGCCUCUACAGACCUGCAAUGGCCAUUUUGGCCAUGUCAAAUUAGUCCUGCCCGUCUUCCACGUUGGUUACUUCAAGAAAGACUGUUCCUGCAUCCUGCUUUCCGAGACCGAUCGAAGAAAAUUCAUAGGUGCCCUUCGUCGUUCUGGAGAUGAUAGUCUGAGGCAAGCCGCUAUCAUUAGAAGAGUCGCCGACCAAGCUCGGAAGACAAAAUCAUGCUUUGAGUGUGGUGCUAUCAAUGGUCUCGUUCGCAAGGCUGGCACUCAUUCCAUGAAGAUUGCCCACGACAAGUUCAAGUCUUUUAACUCCUCAACUUCCGCCAAAAAGGUUGCUCCGCCAGAAAAGAUCGCUUACGACAAAUCCUUCGAAAGCGCAAAAGGAAGCAACGCUGAACUGGAGAAGCACCUCAAGAAGGCCAUGGAUGAUCUGAAUCCGUUGCGUACUCUGAAGCUCUUCAAACGAAUCAAGCAGACAGACCGUGAACUUCUCGGCCUCCGUUCCGCAAGCCCUGAAUCCUUCUUAUGGCUGUACAUUCCUGCUCCGCCCGUCUGUAUCCGCCCGUCUGUGGGACAAGAAGCUGCCAGCACCGAAGAUGAUAUCACUGCAAAACUUGGCGAUAUUAUUGCUGCUAAUGCUGCGCUUGAGGAGGCUCUCCAAAAAGGUGCCCCAGUUCAAUCCGUCAUUGAACACUGGGACUACCUCUCUUUACAGCUGGCCAUGUAUAUUAAUAGCGAUGUGCCAGGUCUUGCAAAAGGGGAAUUCGGAAAAACCAUUAGAGGCUUCGUUCAGCGUCUCAAGGGCAAACAGGGUCGCUUCAGAGGAAAUCUGUCCGGCAAGCGAGUCGACUUCUCAGGGCGUACUGUCAUUUCACCGGAUCCUAAUUUACGAAUAGACGAAGUCGCCGUACCUAUCUUGGUAGCAAAGAACAUGACGUAUCCUGAAGUGGUCAAUGAGAUCAAUAUUGAAAAGCUUCGGCAGAGAGUUCGAAAUGGUGCAAGUCGGUGGCCCGGUGCCAAUUAUGUUCAGAAAGUAGACGGUGACUUCAAAAUCUUCUUGAAGUUCGGCAAUCCACACAACGUUGCCAAAGAUCUGAAAGAAGGUGAUAUUGUCGAGCGUCACCUCGAGGAUGGCGAUAUCGUUCUCUUCAAUCGUCAACCAUCUCUUCACAAACUCAGCAUCUUGAGCCAUUAUGUGAAAGUACGUCCGCAUCGAACUUUUCGCCUCAACGAAUGCGUCUGCAAUCCCUAUAAUGCGGAUUUUGAUGGCGAUGAAAUGAAUCUUCACGUACCACAAACUGAAGAAGCUAGGACUGAGGCUACCUUGCUCAUGGGUGUUAAGCAUAACAUUGUCACGCCCAAAAAUGGUGAACCUAUCAUCUCCGCCAUCCAAGAUUUCAUCACCGCAUCCUUUCUCCUUAGCAGCCUCGAACAAUUUUAUGAUAGGAAAACCUUUGUGACACUCUGUGUGGGCAUGCUGGAACCCGACACUGACUUCGAUCUUCCGCCACCAACGCUCAUCAAACCAGAGACGCUAUGGACUGGCAAACAAGUCUUCAAUGUGCUUAUGCGACCUAACAAGCAAUCCCCCGUCAGGGUCAAUCUUGAUGCUGCCUGUCGAGAUCAUAAGCAGUAUCACACUGGUCUUCACCGAGAUCUGCAAGAUGACAGCUUCCUUUGCAUUCGGAAUUCUGAGAUCAUGUGUGGUCGAAUGGACAAAUCUACAGUCGGUUCAGGAAAGAAGAAUUCGUUAUUCUACAUAUUAUAUCGUGACUUUGGUCCAGAUGCAUCUGCACAAGGUAUGAAUCGACUGUCAAAACUUUGUGCAAGAUGGCUGGGUAACCAGGGCUUCACCGUCGGCAUCAGUGAUGUUACACCUACUGAAAUGCUGGUUGUGGUCAAGAGCGAUAUGAUAUCAAAAGUGUUUGAUGAUUGUAGUUCAUUUGUUCGGGAUUCCAAGGCCGGUAAACUCAAGCGAAAAGCUGGGUUGGAUGAUGCUGGGACUCUUGAAGGAGAGCAGGUCCGAGUAUUGAGUACGGUCCGUACCAAUAUCGCAGGCGUCCUGACUACACAGCUCAGCAAGCGAAAUACGCCAAUGAUCAUGGCUACAUCGGGAUCCAAAGGUUCAAACAUCAACGUCACACAGAUGGCUGCCCUUCUUGGUCAACAGGACAUCGAGGGUAAACGUGUUCAAGAUGGCUUUCAGGACCGCACGCUGCCUCAUUUUGCCAAACAUGAGCGAUCUCCACCCUCCAAAGGAUUCGUCUCAAACAGCUUCUUCAGUGGUCUCUUGCCCUAUGAGUUCUUGUUCCAUGCCGUUGGUGGUCGAGUUGGGUUGGUAGAUACUGCAGUGAAGACUGCCGAGACUGGUUACAUGUCCCGACGUCUCAUGAAGUCCUUGGAAGAUCUUUCAACUCAAUACGAUCGGACUGUCCGGAAUUCAGCCUCUAACAUCGUACAAUUUCGUUUCGGUGACGAUGAACUCGAUCCUGUCGACAUGGAAGCAAGUGCUAAACCUGUGGACUUCGAGCGUACAUAUGCACAUGUCGAAGCAACAACAUAUAACACAAGUGACCCAGGCCUUAAGGAUACCGAGAUAUAUUCUGUCAUGGAAGAUAUUCUUUCGGUCAAACGGAACCUAUUGACCAGAAUUGACUUCAAUGGUGUCGAGUUGCCUUAUGACACCGACAAUGACCGGCUUGCUGACCAACAUGAAAGCCAUCGAGCGUUUUUGAGAUCUAUCCACGAUUUUGUCAUGGCGAAAUCACAUUCAUUCAAUGAAGCAAGAGCUAAGAAAAGGCAAUUUGCUUUGCCGCCUCCCGCACCUGGAGCAUCGUCAUCCCACAAGAGAAAAGCAGAUGAAGAUAUUGAGAUGGAGGAUGGCGCACUUGAAGGUUCCUCGAGACGACCUGUCAGAAAACCGGCCGCACCCCGCCGGGCCAACACCAAGGCAACUAAGAAACAAAAGCAGGCUUUUGCAGCACAAGAUGUACUCGUAAGAGCUAUUGCCGCACCGUCGACAAGCGACCGCUUCGAGUUGACCUCAAAACUAUCCGAGAGAACGCUGAAAGCAUUUGUCAACCUUUGCUUGGACAAAUAUGAGAGGGCACGUGUCGAGCCAGGUCAUGCUGUUGGAGCUGUUGGAGCACAAUCCAUUGGUGAGCCUGGAACUCAGAUGACAUUGAAGACUUUCCAUUUUGCCGGUGUUGCCGGUAUGAGUUUGACAGCAGGCGUACCGCGUAUCAAGGAAAUCAUCAAUGCGUCUAAGGAUAUCAGUACGCCAGUCAUCACUUGUCGACUUGAGCGUCGUCGAGAUUUGACCAUUCCCGAAUCACUAGCAAGAAUCGUGAAGGGCAGAAUCGAGAGUUUGAACCUAGAAGACAUCACAACAUUCAUCCAGCUCAGCCACUCUCUGGACCGGCCCAGUUGCAUUCAUCUCAAAGUUGCUCUUGACACAAUUGAUGACUUGGGUCUAGACAUUACCGUACCUGAGAUCAUCAACGCCAUUCAAAAGCACCGACAGCUAAAGGCAGCCAAAUUGAGAAUCCAGCUGAAAGGGAAAGAUGAGCUUAAAAUCACGACGGAGACGGCCAUCAAAUCCAUGAAGCGAGGCACAGCUGCUAAGAUCGACGAAGAAGGCCAGAAUGAACGAUUACUCCGCCUGCAGACCUUGCGUCGGAUUCUACCGACCGUCCACGUUCUAGGCCACCCUUCCGCGACUCGUGCAGUGGUGAUGGCUGAGGACGAUCCGCUCUCCGAUGACAUUCGCGCGCUGAAGAAUGCUGAGAAGCGUGCCAAAGCUGAGGCCGAUGCUCAGGUACUGAACUCCGAGCAGUCCACAGCAGAACCAGAAAUCAAGCAGGAGACCAACGCCAUCUCGACAAAGCCGACUGCUGCGGCCAUCAAAACCGAAUCUCCGUCCUAUCAAUCAAGCAGCCUCCCAUCUGUACCACCCGCACCGCCAGCACCUGCCAAACCCAUCCAAAUGCACAAAGUGAUGGUCGAAGGCUACGGCUUCCGGUACUGCAUGAACACGGACGGCGUGGACCCAUCGCACACGCAAACCAACUCCAUCAUCGAGACCCUCCAAGUGCUCGGCAUCGAAGCGGCGCGCUCCAAGAUCAUCACCGAGAUCCAAGAAGUGACCAAAGACCUCUCGAUCGACCCGCGCCACAUGGCGCUGCUCGCCGACGUGAUGACGUACAAGGGUGAGGUUCUCGGGAUCACGCGCUUCGGCCUCGCCAAGAUGCGCGACAGUGUGCUCCAGCUGGCGAGUUUCGAGAAGACGGCCGACCAUGUCUUCGAGGCGGGCCAGGUCGGCAAGGUCGAUCCGAUCGAGGGCGUCAGUGAGAGCGUGAUCGUGGGCAAGACGAUGCGUGUCGGCACGGGCAGUGUGGAGGUCGUGCGGUAUUUGAAUGUCGACCAGAAGCUGGGUUUGAAGAGGAGACCCACGCUCUUUGAGGAUGCGUGGGCGGCUGGGAAGAGGGCUAGGAACCAGACUGGUUGA